AUGGCUGACGCUGUGCUUGUGGGAAAUCUGCAAAAUCAACUGGAUCGUUUGAUGAAUCAGCUGUCUGAUCUGGAGGAAGAGAGGCCCAAUAUGGAUGCCAAAGAAUACGAAGAACUGAAGUCGGAAACAAUGGAACAACUUCAAGAUCUAAGUCGAACACUGGAGAAAAUGACUGGAGGAACCAUCACAGUAAUAGAUAAUCUCACAGCUACUCGAAUGGCUGUCAGAGCUGCAAUUAGCCAAGCAUUUCGAACGCCUGAAAUAGUGGCGUUGUUCGCGAGAAAGCAACCGGCUGCAUUGCGGCAGAAGCUUAUAGUGAUGGACAAUCGACGUCGGCCAUUGCAAAAAUAA